AGCUACAGAGCAUUGCUAGAGAUGAGGGGGGAAAUCCGCCCUGUGCUUUUCCUGGUGAUUGGGGUGACCUUUCUCAGUGGCCUUGCCUGCUGUGAACACGAGUCUGUUGAUGACAGUGUCCGCACAGAGGAGGUGGAAGGGUCCAGGCCCCCACACCUUGUCUUUAUCAUGGUGGAUGACCAAGGUUACGGAGACAUUGGCUACCAUGGCUCGGACAUCCACACUCCUGUGUUGGACCAGCUGGCAGCAGAGGGGGUCAAACUUGAAAAUUAUUACGUCCAGCCUAUCUGCUCACCCUCUCGCAGUCAACUCAUGACAGGGCGACACUAUCUUGACAGCUACCAAAUUCACACUGGACUCCAGCAUUCAAUCAUCCGAUCACGUCAACCCCUCUGCCUGCCCUCGGACAUUCCAACCCUACCAGAGCGCCUAGUUGAAGCUGGAUAUGCCACACACAUGGUGGGGAAAUGGCACCUGGGCUUCUGCCGGCGGAGUUGCUUACCCACAGGACGUGGUUUCCAGAGUUUCCUGGGCACGCUGACUGGCAGUGGAGAUCACUUCUCUUAUCAGAGCUGUGACGGGGCUGAAGCUUGUGGAUUUGACCUACAUGACGGAGACAGACCUGCCUGGGAGAUGACCGGCAACUACUCCACUCUGCUCUACAUAGAGAGAGUGAAGCAGAUCCUCAGCAGCCACGACCCCGAUAAACCACUCUUCCUCUAUCUGUCCCUUCAGGCUCCCCAUACACCCUUGCAGGUACCGGACCAUUUUCUGCACCACUACGAUUCCCAGAGCAAUCGUCUCAGGCGCCACUAUGCAGCCAUGUUGAGCUGCCUGGAUGAAGGGGUUGGAAAAGUGGUCCAGGAACUGAAGACUAGUGGGCUCUAUCAAAACUCAGUACUGAUCUACUCAUCUGAUAAUGGUGGUCAGCCAUUGUCUGGGGGGAGUAAUUGGCCCCUGAGAGGUGGCAAAGGGACCUACUGGGAAGGGGGCAUCCGGGCUGUGGGCUUUGUCCAUAGUCCCCUCCUGAAGAGGAAGGGUGUAGUCAGCAGAGCACUGAUCCAUGUUUCUGACUGGUAUCCCACACUACUUGGGCUGGCCGGGGCCCUGUCGUCUCAUCGUGGCCUAGAUGGUCAUGAUGUGUGGGGGACCAUCAGCGAGGGCCUGCGCUGUCCUCGCACUGAAAUCCUUUUCAACAUUGACCCAGUCUCGAGGAAGCCCGGGGAGCCAUAUGACAAGGCAUUAGUACUCAAUGGCUUUGGGAUCUGGGACACAGCCAUAAGGGCAGCGAUAAGGGCUGGGGACUGGAAGCUACUGACAGGAAAUGUGGGUGAUGGGGACUGGAUACCACCACAAGCUCUUCCUGUUGGUCCAGAACGAUGGCAGAAACUUGAGAAGUGGCGUAAUAAGCUGGGGAAAUCAGUUUGGCUGUUUAAUGUCACCUCUGACCCCUACGAGAGAUCAGACCUAGCGGAAGCACGUCCAGAGAUAGUGAAACAUCUGCUUACCAGGCUGGCAGAGUACAACCAGACAGCUGUGAUGGCCAGAAAUCUACCAGAUGAUCCUAUGGCUGACCCUGAGCUCCAUGGAGGGGUGUGGAGCCCUUGGCUGGGCCUAGAGGGGCAGGAGAAGGAUAGUGGAGAGGAAAAUGUCAGGAAAGAAAAAAUUAAGAAGAUUAAGCACUGCAAAGUAUGUAAAUUAAAAGCCCUCUUCAAGAAGGUGGGGUCACGCCUACAAAGGAACACCCUGUUCUCCUAAAUGUCUCAUCAAGCAACAUCAGUUGGAAAGGGUUCAGUAUGCUUCAAACGAACUAGGUUGUACAAAGUGUCGCCCAAAGGCAAUGUUAAUGUUCUGAAUAGCCACGCUCAGGGAAAAACCCCUUCCGUCAAACACCAGGUCUUUCACUGCGUCAGUACACUGAGGCGUAUUUGGAAAGUUGCAAAAAUUAACGGACACAGACAAUUGCAACAUCAGAAAUUGGUGUAGGUAGGGAGUUUCAGACACUGUUCGACAAUCCUUUGAAGCAUUCUUAGACCUUAACCAGGAGGAAGUGAUAGGGAAAGAGAGAUGGAGACAAAGCAGGCAGGUCAAAACAGACAAGAUAGAGCCACAAUCAAAUACUGAAGGUUGCCAUAUAAACAGGCAGCCUGAUAGACACAGCAGACAGGGCUGUGUGGCUGGCUGAGCAAGCUGACUCACUCACUGUCCUGCGGCCAAGCUGAAGCAGGGUGACUUUGGGCUGGCGCUGGACUGCAUAGGGAGCAACGUGUGUGUCAUUGUGCGUGUAUGCCUCUAUUCAUGAACUGAAUAGAGUGCAUACAUGUGGACAUGAAGCCUGAAGAGAUGGGAAAAGGAAGAAAGGCACAGACAGUGACCUCUCGAUGUCUCAUCUCCUAAUCAUCCGAGAGGACCCUUUAAGGAUGACACAAAGACACCCACAGGGGAUGUAUUUGUCAAAUGUCACCUUGUCAUUUUGUUCUUAGGCGUUAUACACAUUCACUUUGUUCAUACUGUAGUGCAUAUUCUGACUUCUGACCACCACACAAUGUCCCAGCAGCAAUGACUAAUUAACAAAAAAGCUCAGUAGCUGAUACUAUCAGUCUUUUCUGGACUUUUGAAUGUUACUUAACUCAUCUACUGUGUUAUGCUGGAAAAAGGAUUCAAAUGAUCUAAAUAAAAUUAUGACAACAAAAAAAUCCAUGUUAGCAUCUCAUGACUACACACAAUCUCUGUAGAAAGUCAUGGACCAAACUUGUUGGGCACUCAGAAAAAGACAGCUUUGUUAUUUUAACAAUUUCCAAGAUGUUUCCUGGCAUAAACUGUGAUUUGGUACUGAUUAAAGGGAAAAUCAAGAAAGUGUU